AUGUUUCACACUUUUCAGUCGUCAGUCAACGUGCGCUCGCCCGGCGGGGACAGCGACAACGCCGCGAAGCCCUCACGGCCACCAGGAUCUCGGCGGAUAUCGACCAGCAACGCAUGUGUCGAAUGCAGGAGACGCAAGAUCCGCUGCGAUGGCACACAGCCAUGUGGGCAGUGCCAAUGGUACCAACAUCCUGAGGCCUGUGGCUACUCUAAGCCUGCCCAAAGAGUGGUGCCCAGCAGGAAGAAACAGCGCUACCAAGCCGGGCAAGUUCUCCGCCACCUGGACUCGCAGAUGACAGACCAGACGCACUACCACCUCCCGGAGCACGGCCAACAACUCAUUGAGAGUUACUUUGACCGUGUACAUCCUUUCUUCCCGUUGAUUGAUGAACGCAAAUUCUGGUCUACUUAUCUCUACAACAAUCGUAGCGACUCACCAUGGCUAGCACUCUUGAACAUGGUCUUUGCUCUAGGUUCGCUUGCAUCCCAAGCUGCUGACAAUGAGACCCACCAUAUCUACUUUACUCGCUCACGAAAGCAUUUAUCUCUAGAAUCAUUCGGCAGUGGCAACCUGGAGGUCCUUCAAGCUUUAGCUAUCAUGAGUGGAUACUACAUGCACUAUCUCAAUCGCCCUAACGAAGCCCACUCGCUCAUGGGUGGUACGCUACGCAUGGCGACUGCGCUAGGCUUACAUCGCGAGUAUUCGGAAAGAAGCGAUGCAAGUCGACAAACGAAGGGUGUGAGUGAGGAAGACUCGAUAUCCCCUGAGAUGAGGCGACGUAUAUGGUGGAGUCUGUUCUGUCUAGACUCGUGGGCGUCGACAACAACGGGCAGGCCUUCGUUGGGAAGAAUGGGUCCCUCGAUUACGGUCAUGAGACCUGGCACUGCAGCCAACGCCAUUCAAACUAUACCGCCUCCUAACAGUCCUCAAUACAUCGAGCAACUCAAAAUUCUCCCUAUAAUUCACGCAUCAGCAUUCUGCCAGAUCGCAACCAAGAUCCAAGACCGUCUUGUCGAAUGUCCCCUCCUGUCUUCGGUGGAAACGGCUAGCUACGACGCACAGCUUGUGAAGUGGCACGAAGACCUGCCUUCUAUGCUGUCCAAACCUGACGAACCAUGCCCAAAUUUCCUCCGCCGUACCCGGUUGGUGAUGAAAUGGCGAUUCCAAAACAUCCGCAUCAUACUCCACCGACCCAUACUCCUUACCACAGCACUCCGGCACGCCUCAUGGGCUAGCCUCAGUGCAGAUGAAAAGGUGUCGGUAGGAAAAUGUAGGUUCAUUGCUUGCAAGACAAUCGAAGACAUAAGCCGGGACUGCAUGCCCGAUCUCCUCUCAGGCUGGAACGCAGUCUGGUUCUGCUUCCAAGCCUGUAUGGUCCCGCUUGUUUCUCUCUUCAGCGACCCAAGUGUACCUGAAGAAGUAGAAAAGUGGAAGGCCAGUAUCAAGACGGCAUUGAACUUCUUCGAGGCGGUCAAAGAUUGGAGUAUAGCCGCGAAGAAGAGUAAAGAUGCUGUUGCGCGCUUAUAUGCCGCGUACAAGACACAGGCUUCGACACUAUCUCAACAAACACAAACCCCAGUGCCGCAAAUGCCCUACCCUCAACAGUAUCAACAACCAUGCCACACUCAGACACAUACACAUUUUCCUGUACCUGGCACAUCAAAUUGUCCUGCCAUGACCAACUCGCAAACGACAAACUAUGGACAGCAACAACAACCUGCGUUCAUCCAAUACAACCCCGCAACGCCCGGUUGGGUAAACACUGGCAACGACCCAGCUAUCCUAAACAACUUCUGGGACGACAUGAUGUGGGACACCAACCUACCAGACAUGCUGGAAACCCCCUUCGGAAUCGCAACUGAUUACGAGUAUGUGGGUGCAGCACAGGAUCCCGGGCCCGGUGGGGCAUGUUGGAUGCAUGGGAACUAA